AUGUUCAUAGAUUGCCUUAAUGUGUUUUCUCUGGAUAGUGAGGAUGGUGAGCUGAAUAAUGGUGAGGCAUGCUUCAUUGAUGCUGAAGGACUGCUGGUAUCAAGUGCCAUUCGGAAUCACUACAAGACUUAUGGGACAUGCUUGGAGCUCGAUAGAAGAUGGGUGCAGGUGCUGCUGGCAAGUAUGAGCACACAUGUGGAGGAGUACCAGGAUCGCUCACAGAAGUUGAAGGUGAAUGGGUAUGAUAACAGCAAUGUUCUGCAGAUGGGCAGUGGGCUCAGAGGUGCAUUUUCUGUCUCUUCUAAUAAUGAUUGUCCUCAUUUAUGGCACCUUCAGGGCCUUCUUCUGAAAGAGAAGCCCAUGCAGCUGGUUUCCCAUUUGCUGACCACAAAAUGCAGUGCAUUGCUUAACUCGAUCAUGCAACUGGCAAUGUUAUUUUUCACCAUGCUGGCUGAUGAAGCAGGCAAGGAUCUCAAUGGGCUCAUUGAUGGUAUAUGGCUCUCGUCACAUGAACUCAUGCUGUUGGUCAUGGUACUCUGCUUUGGUGCGGUGACAGACACCACCCAGCCUGGUGACAAUGUAGAGCUGAGCUUAAGGACUAUCUACCAGUGUUUGAUAGCAGAUGAAAGACAAAAACAGCAUAGAAAGCACCUGGGCAUCCAUGGGCCUCAGCUUGAAACUAGCACAAAUCCUGCGUUCGUUGCAUUCCUGCAGAUGAUGACUGUGCACAUUGAGAGCUCACGGAGGGCCGAGGUGCAGAGGCAGCAAGUGCUCUUUUAA